CAGUCUGAGUCUAUCCUCGAUUUUUAUUUAUUUUUGUAACCAAAGUGUUGGGAUUUAUCGUGAGCACGACGAGAACUCUGGAGGUCAACGGGAUAAUUUAUUCAUUGGAUAAUCACCGGAUAAAUCACUCACGAUGAUGGAGAUCGACGAGUGUUCGGCUGGUGGUGAUUCAGGGGCCGAGGAAGAGGAGGAUGACGAGUCCAUUCGUGGCUCGAGGUCUGACAGCAGCACCACCAGUUCUACUGGUGGAAGCUCAAGCUCAGAGAGUGUUGAUGAUACUGGGGAUGAAGACAGUGGCUCUGAGACACACACUUCUGACGAUGAUGACGGUGACAACGACAACUCUGAACUACAAGAGCAGCGAGAGUGUAUGGAUGAAGUCAGAUGGGAGACAUGUGUUGCUGGUGGAAGUAAAGUGAAACUACCUCAGGAUUUGUGUGAACAUCCCUCGAUUCUCCAUGAAAUGUUGAAUCCUAAUUUAUGGCAGGAGUGUUUGACAGGGGAGCAGAGAUUAUCACUUUCACAAUAUUUGCCACUAUUUCCCAAAGAGUGUGAUGCCGUGGGGGAACAGGCGAAAUCGUUACAAUUGCUUUUCCAAAGAGAGAACCAAAGGUUUGGAGUAGCUCCAUUGGAUACAUUCACAACUCACCUAUCUUCCGGUCACUAUCGUCCUGACAUCCGCAGGAUGCGGCACCUAGUCCGGAAAGCCCAGCAAAGAAGACUUCUCUUUGAUGAACGGAAGCGAACGUACGAGCUUGCCGAACAGCUCCUGAAGUCUCGAGAGACUCUCCUGAUAACUGCCUACAAACAAGGAUUCAGUCAAUCAGCUCAGCCCCCUUCAAAGUUCCACUGGCGCAAGCCAAAGCCCUCAAUAAUCGAGGAGAGAACGCAGUCCCGUUACCUAGAGGAACUCCAGGCCCUCAGAAACGAGUUGGGAACCGUCAGGCUAGCAGACACCACCUCUGAAAACGAGGAAAACUAUCCCCAACACCAGCCUCUCUUGAAACAAAAGAGGAAGAGAAAAGUACAAAUUAAUCAGUCAUCAAUUCGAACGAACCAGUUGUUCGAAGACGAGGACAUAAGACCCGUCUUUUCCACCUUCCAGAGGCCUCAGUGUCCCCCAACCCCGAUAUUCCCCUCUCGUGACCUCUCAGAGGACAGUUACAGAGCAAUGCUUAUUACCCACAAGAAACGAAGGUCACGAGGUGACAUUCAUCCAGAAUUAAACACUCAGGGAAUAGCUCUGUCAGACCUGACCCAACGAGCUCAAACAGGCCAGAAGCACAAACUCACUGGCAACAGCGUCAAAUCCACCUCCAAAAAACGAAUAAAACUGGAGCCCCCACUACCACCAAUUUCUUCCCUUCCCCCCAUAGGUAUGAAGCCAACAAUAAAAACGGAAUUCGAUGUUGAUCCUCUGGAAGAUAAUUUCCCCAAUCUUCGACAAGACCUGGAUCUCCCAAGCUUCAUAUCAGUGAAACCAGAGCCUACCGAUACCUACGAAAUGCCAGUGGUGAAGAAGAAGUCAAAUCCCCCAGUAUCAAAGCCCCAGAAGCCCCCGUCCGCAGCGAUCAUGCCAGUCGAGGUGAAGAAAGAAAUUGAGGAGUUCCCUGAGCCCGAGGAAAAGCCAGAGUUCGUGCUCCCUGAGGAGCAUCGAGUCGAGAGUGAGAUAGAGCAGGAGUUGAUGGAGAAAAAAGAGCUGGACCUCGAGAACAUUGAUAUGCUGCAGAUUCCAAUUCAAUUGGACGAUGGUAUGGACAUUUUGGAGGAUGUCAAGUGCGAGAACGAUCACUCGAUGACAAUGUCAGAGCGAGAAGUUUCACUGGAGCCUGAGGAUAUUACGAUGAAUGGAAGCGGUGAUUUGAUGCAGGAGACCCACACGUGUUUCUUCUCCCUCUUGAGAGAUGCUUUCAUGUCCAAGGGAGAGUACAGAAUGAGUAUUUCAGAGGUGAAAGACGCUGUCACUCUGUGGCAGAACAAUCCCAUAUCUCCCCUGAAUGACUGGUAUUCGUUGGCCUCAUCGUGGGGUAAUUUGGUCCCAUCAGCACUCGGUUUUCUCGCUGGUGAGCUUACCUACUCUCAAGAACUCGAUCAGGAACGUGACCAGGAGUUUGUACCUUAUCUUGAGAAUAAAGGGCGAGGGGUUUAUGCGUGGAUUGGAGCGGGCAGGGAUUCCGACUCCAGAUUAACAACCCUUUGCACCAAGUUUCUACUAUAUAAGGAGUCACUGGGACCUCAUGUCGUGCCCAGCCCUCUCCCAGUAGCUUCAGUGAAGUCUACCUCAGUGCAGCCUGUCUCGAAUGUCAAUGGCAUUCCUCUGCAGACGUUGAGUCCAGAUGUGGAGUCGAUAUCUGCUGAUGGGGCUGCAUUAACAGCGAUGAUGGAGAGUGAACCCCCCAAGGCGUUAUGCCCCACUGACUGGAAAGUCAGGCUGUCAAUGCCGGAGGAAAAGGAGGAGUUCAGAAGGCAGGAGAGGUUACGCUAUGCUGCUCCUCAUAAGGCUUUUACCUAUCGAAUGCAUGGGUAUGCCUCAGUGGUGGGACCUGUCAAGGGGAUUUAUCAACACAAUCCUGGCGCUGGACUCACCAAGGCCAGAGGACAUUCGCUGCUUGUGCCAGAUCGUCCCAAUUUCGUAACUAUUCUGGCACUUGUUAGGGAUGCCACUGCUAGACUGCCUAAUGGUGAGGGGACCAGGGCGGAUAUCUGUAUGCUGCUAAAGGAUUCACAGUAUAUCAAGGACCAGAGCGAUCAGAUGGGUAACGACAAGGAUAAUUACCUGAAUUCCGUGGUGUCUGGAGCCCUAGACCGUCUGCAUUACGAGACUGACCCCUGUGUGAGGUACUAUCCAAAGAAAAAAGAGUGGCUGUAUCUCCAUCGAGCGCGAUCAGAAUCCGAAUUCGAGAUGUUCCACCAGCAGUUACAGGGUGUUGUCAAAACAAAAAAGAAUUCUGGUGGUUCAUCGAGAAAUAAAUCGACCCAGUCGAGUCCGAAAAUGAUGAAUGGUAAAGAACAACCGCCGCCAUGUGUCAAAGAGACGACUCCAAAGAAGGAGAGGAAAUCAGCGGUCCAGACCCAGGUGACAAUGAGGAAGGAGCAAAAGGUAGAGGAGAAAAUUGUUGUGGACCAAUCUGUCUCCACUGAGCCUAUUGCAGUCUCCCCAGUUGUACCUGCACCUCCACCUGUAAUCACAACAGCGCCAAGUGUCCCCGCUGUCACACCCAGUCUACCCUCUCCAAUAUUAUCAACUCCAUUACCACCAGUUAUCGAACGAGAGGCAGCGAUUCCUGUGGAGAUGAAACCAGUGGCUACUGUUGGAUCUUCACUUGUACCUCUGAAGAAAGUGGGGACCAGCAUUGCCGGCAAACCCGUUACGAUUGUUAAGACAAAUCCAGCUCAAAGUUUAUUGCAAUCGAAUCAACAUUUUCCUCAUCAUCAGAUACAGGUGUCGACUUCUGCUGGAUUGCAGACAAUCAGAUUGACUGGUCACUCAGUUCUCCAUUCUGCUCAGCCUGUGGUAACGUCUGGAAGUGCUUUAACACCAACAAGUGUAGCUGCUAUAUUUCCCACUGCCAAAAUUCAGAGCCAGACUCAACAGGCAGUGAUCAGUACUCAGGGGAAGAGUAUUCUACAGACAUCGAGUGUAAAACAAUCAUCUGGACAGGUCACCCAGCCCCAGACCCAGCAUGUUUUGCCUGGGAAGACACUUCUGGCAUCACAAAUUAAAUUGGUUAGCUCUGGACAGAUCAAGUCGUUGUUAACUGGUCAUGGGCUGCAGGGACAGACAAUAUUCAUCAAGCAAUCAUCACCAGGGACCAGUCACGCUCCACAUAUCCAACAUGUUCAGCAGAUCAAACCGCCUGCAGUUACUCAACAUCAUCAACCCCAAUCGCAAAGCAUUUCCACACCAGGAAUGCAAAGGAUAAUUGCACAGAUUGGAGGGAAACCUAUCGCUGUGCAAAUUCAACAGUCUCCUCAUCAGCAGCAGACUCAACAACAGAAAAUUCUUGCUAAAGUGUUGACUGGUAGCGGUGGGGGCCAACUCAUAUCUGUUGAGAGUCUUCUUGCCCAAAAGGGACUCAAACUUGCUGCUACCACUACAGCCACUGGGCAGGUUAAUCGGCAGGGUAAACAAGUGAUCCAGACGCAGUAUCAGGUGGUGUCACAAGCACAGGCGUCUCCAGGUCAAUCAAAGAUUAUCGCCAGUACUCAACAGGCUGGAACAGCUGGGGGUCAAACAGUAAGAAUGGUGACAGCCCAGUUGGCAGGAAAGCCGAUAGUUCUAGCCAGUGGCAACAAGAGCGUUGGUGUAGGUAUAAGCAGUACAGGAGGAAUGGUCCUGGGUAAACAGUCAGCCACUCCACAACAGGGACAGCAGCCGAUAAUUUUACCAAGUCAAUUGCUCAACAUCAAAACUCUUCAUGGUCUCAAAGUGAUUCCAACACCAACAGGACUUAAAACAGGGGCUGCUGUUUAUGCGAGGGUGAUAGCACCUACGACAAUAGCAGGGACACAAGCAACGAAUACUCAGCAACAGAAUCUCCAGCCACAGCCACCAAGAAAUACCUUCAACACCCCCUGAAUUUGUGGACUUUCAAUCAGGGGGUUUUUAUGAAUCGAAAAAAAUGGAAGAGUGAUUUUUAAGGUUCGAACAUUCAGUGAAAGUGUCGAAGGAACGAUUUUAAUAUCGAUAGUGUGAAAUAACGUGGAAUAGACUGUUUUUUUUUCGUUCUGUCUUAAUAUGAAUAAAAUGACAAUUUAUUUACAAACGUGUGGAUACGAUUUGUGAAUACAAAACCAUCGUCUCGUAUCGGAAGACGAUUUUCAGAAUGUUAUUUCAAAAAAAAGUAUAAAUAAAAGUCUUACGUAUAA